AUGAAUCAGGCUGCAAUAGCUCUUUUGGCUGUCACUCUGGCAAACUUCAUAAACUCACUUGGAUAUAUAUUCUUCAAGUUUGCUCAUAUUCGCAUGGAAAGAAAUAAGGAUAACAAGCAAUACUACUUUCUUACCUGGCAGUUUAUCUGUGGAUUACUUCUUAUUAUUCUUGCAGCUGCAAUCAAUGUUGGUAAGUAUAGCUCACAUCAAUUCUUAUUUUCUCUCAUCAAAAUCAACUGGUUAUUUAUUGUCGUUGUAGUUAGCAUAGCUUAUGCAGAUCAAAUAACUCUUACCUCUACUUCAUCUUUGACUCUUGUAUUCAAUUCUAUCUUGGCUACAAGACUAUUGGGAGAGGGGCCUCUCUUUGUGUCGUACUUUCCAACUAUGAACCAAUACUGUUUACAAUCCCAAGAGCUCCUAGAAACCUUCUUAAGCAAGGAGAGAGAAGAUAUAUAAGAAAAAAAAAGAUUAAAUCAGAACAGAUAAUCAUUAAUCAAACAUUUUUCUUUUGAGGAAGAUAAUAUUGGGUCGCCAAGAUCUUAGUGUCGGGAGAGUGACAGUGAUAGAGUUGAGUAAAUUAGCAGAUUCAGAUCUCAAAUCUAAAGGCCUUAAAAUGAUUUUGACCAGGCGUCUAACAGCAACACCAACUCAAUCUAUAACGCUACCACAGACAAAGAUGGCUCGCAAAUACCAUUUAAAACAACUCAAUAGACCUAGUUCGAUUUUGUUAGAACUCCGACCUAUAAUAGUUUGAAGGAUGAGAAUGAAAAAGAUUGUGAAAAAUGUCCUAAGUAUGAUGUAGGUGGAUAAUUUAAGGGAUGCAAUGAUGAACCAACCAUUACCUAACUAAUUGAUAGAGUUAGUAAGAUGGAUGAAAAAGAUUUGAAAAAAUUAUCUCCCAAUUUUUAAAAAUUUUGGAUAAGACUGCCUUUGAUCUUAUAUCCUUGGGCUUCAGGACUUCUCUCUGGUAUGACCACUUCUUUCAUAAAAGGGGUUGCCGAAAUAACGAAAAACCACACUAUGUAUGAACUGGCUACUCAUCCUUUACCUUAUAUCUGCUUAGCAAUAUGUGGAUUCAACAUUAUUGGAUAGCUAUAUACUUUGAAUACAGGACUCAAAUUCUAUAAUUAACUCGAAGUUAUUCCAAUUUACCAGAGCUCGGUAAUACUUAAUAACUUAUUAUGUGGGGGUUUGAUUUUUAAUGAGUUCUAAUACUAUUCCUGGUGGAAUAUGCUCUUAAUUGCUCUUGGAUCAGUUACCUGUAUCUGUGGAAUAAUGAUCAUUGCUAAAAAAUAUCAGUUUAUAUCUAGUAAAGAGGCAGAAAAAUCAGCAUUAAGAUUAGAAAACAAAGAUAAUCAGAUAGACAUGAUAUUCUUUAGUUAAAAUGGCAGUGAUGGAAAAGCUAGAGGUGAUUUGCAAGGGCAUUAUUAAAGGAUCUGA